AUGUCAAAGGACGGAUACGGAGCAGCCUUCCUGUCGCCCGCUGAAAAUAGUCUCGGUGCAGUCAUGGCCGGCCCGGUUGCCUCGGAUGUGGAGCUCCUGCUGGAGGAGGAGGAUCGCCCUGCACGCAGCCCAUUCACCUUCCCACGUCGUGCGGCCUUGGCUCUGGGCUGCGUUGGUUUGGUCACCGUGGGCAUCCUGGCACGUGGUGGCGCCCGCGGAUUGCGCAGCAAGUCGGGUGCAUUCGUCAUGCUGGAAGCCAACACCGACGAUUGCUAUGAGGCUUCCACUUACUACAGCAGUCCCACGAGGAUGGCUGGAAGUGAGAGGACCGUCGAGCUGAGUGUGGAAGCUUGCCAACAGCGCUGCUUUGCUGUUUCUGGUUGUGCACACUUCACCUACUGGCCGGAUGGAGGCUGCCUGUUGACGGAUGGCUCAUCAGUUGCCUCGCCUGCCCCUGCGAAGUAUUCAGAGACAGUGGCCGGACCGCCGUACUGUGGUGAGAAGCCGGAUAUCGUGGACACCGUUACCUCCGGAGUUCAGGGGGCCGCGGACACCAUCAGCUCUGGAGUUCAGGGGGCUGUGGACACAGUUUCCUCCGGAGUUCAGGACACCGUCGACACUGUGGCGGCCGGAAUCCAGGACGCUGCCGAGAAGGCCAGCAUUGAGGUGCCGACUGUGCUGCCCCUGGCAGUCCCUGGAAUCAAUGGCACGAUGUGCGCCAAGUACCCUGCCUGUGUUGCUGCUGGCAUCGAGGAGGGCAACUGCUGCCCAAAUGACGAUCAUGUGGCGCUUGGCUGCUGCAUGGGCUUUGCACCUGUCAUUGCAGCGCCCAAGAUUGCUCCAGGGUCAGAGUGCACCUCCUUCCCUUCAUGCGUCGUGCUGAACAUCACCGGCGCCUGCUGCCCGACUCCCGAUGGCACACGCCUGGGCUGCUGCGACUCCAUCUAG